AUGGAAACGCUCAAAGAAGAUCGUUUAACAGCUGAAACGUCGCGUGUAGGCGUCCGUCCGCCGCCAUUUUGGCCUGACGACCCGGAAAUGUGGUUCGCGCAAAUGGAGUGUCAGUUCGCGUUGGCAAACGUGACAGUGGACCUCACCAAAUACUACCAGGUCGUAUCGGCGUUGGAACAUCGCUACGCCACCGAGGUCAAGGAUAUAAUUACGAACCCGCCUGCGGUAAACAAAUACGACAAGCUAAAAUCGGAACUUAUUAAACGAUUGUCAGCCUCGCGCGAGCGCAAGGUUAAACAAUUAUUGAUGCACGAGGAACUGGGUGACCGUAAGCCAUCACAAUUCCUACGUCAUUUACGGCACCUAGCCGGGCCGUCAGUGCCGGAAGACUUUCUGAGGACUCUGUGGUCGAACAGGUUACCAACUAACCUACAAGCUGUUGUAGCGUCGCAACCGGAUUUACCGUUGGACAAAUUGGCGGAUUUAGCGGACACGGUGAACGAGAUCGCGCCGGCAGGGCCCAUGCAAGUAGCAAGCAUAGCACAGUCAGGUACAGCUACCCUUAUAAAAGAAAUGGCAGGUCAGAUAGCGGAAUUAACCAGGCAAAUCUAA